AUCAAGGAAGGCUGUAGGCUAUAUAACAUCACGCUGCGACUAAAAGGAGCGACAAUGGAAAAUACGGGGAAAAUUUUAACCACGUGGACGAAGUCGCUGGCAACAGCUAGUAUAAAGAUAAUAUUGCAAUAGUACAUCUUAUAAUAAUGUCACUCUCCUUGAAAUGAAGUAAAAAGUUUCUACAUUCGUUCUCAAAAGUAAGUCGUGGUUAUAUUUAGGCAAAAUCUCAACUAAUAAAAUUAAAUUACAGAAAGAAAACACUACCCUUUGAGUAACAAAGCUUUUUAAACGUCCAAUAGAUAGAUUAGAUAGUCAGUAUAAUAAUGUCCAAUUCGCUAAGCCUCGAAAGUACCGUAAUCUCAAAGUUGCCGUCAGUUUAGCAUUUAAAUAAUCUGACCGCGAUAACAGGAGUCCCGCGGGCUUUAAACCUGAGUUCAACUAAUUUGGAAACGGACUCGUUAUUACUGAAUUAACACCUACUCUAUUACACUGUGAAUACUUUUAAAAGUUUUAAUAUCGGAACAUAAAUGUGGAGUUUAAAUUGGCUUUUUACAAUUGUAAGUAUUUUAAAACGUUACAGGAAAUGUAAUUAUGGAAAAUUGAUGAAACUUUUCUUCAUUCGACUAACUUCAUAAAGAUAAUUCAUAUGAAAUGAUAUUCUCAUAAAGCUGAACAAAUGCUACAACUCCAGUGAACGAGUUAUUACUUUAGCAGCAGUAAAAACGCAUAUCUCGUGACAAUACCGCAGCGCCAACAGACAGUAUCGUGACUACAUAGCUAUACUAAUUGCCGCGGCUCGGUCCGCUUUUCCCCAGUUUUUCGCACGCUCGCGUUUUUCACUUUAGAACAAUGUCGUCAUUCAGUUUCCACUUUCGUUUUCACUGAUGGACGCUGAUCCGAUGCGCAGGCGCAAAAAAUGCACCACUGUUACACGACGCAUGCUGUACUGGUGACAUAUUAUGUGCUGGAUAACUCUGUUGUGGUGAACAGGGUUCUUCAAAAAGUCUGUUAAAGAAUAUUCCAACUUUUUUAUUUUUAGUAGGUUAUGUUAUAUAGACGCCGCAGUGAGAUUAAAUGAUGAUAAACUGAAAAAGAUUUCAAAAAAUGACGGAUUAAAAAAUCUCAUAGUAUAAUUUAGUUUACCUUUGCAAGUAAUCUCAAGAACCGAAAUGAUUUAAAUAUCAGUAAACUACUAUUAUUUGAAAAAACAAGUUAAAAAUAUUUUCUUUUUAGAUUUUAUUAUUUAACAAACAUAUAAUUUAAAAUGAAAUCACCCCCUAUCCGUGCAGGUACCAGGCGCCCAGACCAGCUCGCUACAUUGUUGUUCAUACCGUACAAUACCGUAUCACGUUUGUUUACCGUUUUCACUCUCUAUAUUUUUCUCGCGAGUGAAAACUCCUCCGGCAGCGGCGCCGGCGCAGCUGCGUGCGAAUCUUUUUUAUACUACACGUAAUGAGAUUAGUAGAUCGUGUUCGGUUUUUUAUAAUGCGAUUACUUGUUCAGUUUCCAUGAUCUGAGUAGGUAGUGAAAAUAACUGGAUCAGUAGGAGUGCAUAUAAAUAACGCAGAAGUUAAUAAAGUAGGUAAUUCAGUGUUGUAGCGCCAUUUGAGAGAGGCCUAUGAGAGAGGACAUAGGUACAGCGAUAUUAUCGUAUCCGUGAUAGCAUGAAAAUCAUUAAAAUUAUUUACCAAAAGUUAUAAUUAUACCGUUUGUUCGGCACCGAAUUUAAUACAUUUUAUAUUGUAAUCAUAACAUAUAACCGGAACACCAUCCGGGUCGUGGAAAGUCGGAAAUCAAUUCGACCGCGGCCCGGAUCCUCGGCGAAAUUAAUAUAUCACACUGUUCAUUCCACUUUCCCGUAGUACAUGAAAUAUAUGCACGAUAGUAUCCGUAGUAUUUAUCACAUUUAACUCUUUCAAAUGUAUUCUCUAUUUUCGGAACCUUAACAUCCCUUUAUCCUGCAUAAAUACGGCAACCAAGUCAUGUUUCUAUCCCUUCAUUAGAUAAAGCUCAUUUCAAAUGUAUCUGAGCAUUCUGUAAGCUGCAACACUACUUUGCUUUUCCAGUUUCUGUUUAUAAAACACUCUUUAAAUCUAAGUAAACCCUCGUUGAACGAAGCGCAUCGUAUUCCGAUUCAGGUGACAAACAAAGCUGGUUAUUGCCAAUUGAAUAGUUCGGCAAAUUAUAUCGAGCUAAUGAUCUCUGGUCAAAUACAAUUUUGCUAAUUACAAGCACCUAGCAAGGCUUCCAUGGAUUGAUAUUUUAAUUUACUAAGCUUAUGGGUUCUGCUACCCUGGUACUUUCCACGAACGGCUGUCCGCCAAGCAACUGUUAUCAAGUCCUGAGGACAUUGUCUCCGUAUCUUGGCUGUCCAGCUGCAAGGGUACAGCUAUCGCCAGUCGACUGAUUGCGCCGAGUGUUUGCUGUCAAGGCGAACCGAUGCAAACACCGCGAGUGUUUGUGCAGAAGCACUUCACAAUAUUUACUUUAUAAUGAUUGUAAUGCAGUAGUAUCUUUGAGACAGGAUGACGUGUGGAAUAGGCUGACAUUACAAAAUGUAAUUGAUUAUAAAUACAAACUUGUAAUUCAAAUACCUCAUUGUUUCGCGUAUAAGGCUUUUAAUUCCUCAGUUGAAAGUGAAAAUAAUUCACACAAAAAGCAGGUGCAGUACAUAAGCUAUAAAUUACAAUUUAAUUCUUUAAAGUUAAGUAUUUCCUCGUUGAUAUACAAUAGAUUGAUAUCUCGCCAUACAUAUGUAAAGGGUAUUUGAAUACAAACAGUGGCAGCGCGGCGCUGACCGCUCGAUCCUGCGUAACACUCCGCGGCCGGACACAGGCUAAAAAUACUUGCGUGUAAAAAAAUAAAAAGCAUGCCAUAGACCAGUCUUCCUGUGCUAAUCGAUGCCAAUUAUAACUACAGUCGCCAUGUGUUAAGAUAACCGGGACUCGUCCUGUUUAACAAAGCUAUUUCAGUUUACUUUUAUUUUCGGCAUACAUAAUUCGGUACAAUAUUACACAAAUACAAUGACUCAAUCUUUACUCAAGGUCGAAGUAAUUACAUGAUAGUAAAGCCGUUCAAACUCUGUUUAUAAAUAAAAAUAAGUUCUAAAUAACGUCAUGAUGUCGGAAUAGAAGUCAAACGUAACAAGCCGCCUAGUAAAACAAUGUAGACCUUUGCGAUUUCCUGCCGGCGUCACCCUCAUAGCCUCCAUCAUUACUUUCAAGCCUAAGGGCUCACAGGGCUGGAAGGGCCUCCAGCUGCCCCUUUUCACGUCUUUCUGUGGCUCAUCUAGUCAAAAGAAUGUCUUCCUCAACUUGUAAACAAGAAACAAAGGUUCAGAACCUCAACUUAAAUACUAGCGUCAGAUUACACCGAAGAAAAACUCGCUAACUAGAUACGACAAGUUUUAAUUAGUUACAAACAUUAAUUACAUUAUAACAAAUUAAUUUCAGCACAUUAUUAAAACAAUGUCGCUUCUAGAGAUUGAGGUCAAGAAAAUAUGUAUAUUCCAGUGAUCUAGAAACAAGGAAAAUGUACUCUCUUAUCUCAAAUUACACUGCACAAGUAGCUACCCUAAACAACUAAUGUACAAAUAUCUGGAUGCAAAAACGAUUAGUAUUGAGGAACGGAGUAAGGUCAUGCCGUCCCUUUCACACUUGCGGAAACCCGGUGAUAACAGACAAGGCGGGGGCUACUUUACUAUUCAUAACCCUUGAUUGUGCUGCCGUUAGUGGCAGCGCAUCCAUGACGUGCAGAAUAUGUGUGUGUGCGUGCAGUGCAUUACGCGCGCGUGUGUGGGUAUGCGCGGGCGCAGCGACGGCGCGUAGCCUUGAAUUCGUACAACGACUGCACUUGUACAACGAUAACCGUUCGGAAAUGUAUCAUAGUGAUAUAUAUUUAAUUGAUACUCUUAUUUCUGUUAUCAUAAAAAAAUAUGUUUUAUCUAUUGAGACCAUCAUAACAAAUUUAGAUAGCACAUUCCAAAUCUGUUUCCACAUUGGUCUCUAAUCGAACAAUAAAUCAUGUUUCUGACCUACUCCAGCGUAUACAAAUAAAAACAAUAUAGUCGUUACAAUCAACAAGUCUAAUAUGUUUUCUUGUGAAAUACAUAAUUUUCCUACUACUGUUAAAUUGUUGGUAAAAUUCCUUCAGAUAACGAACUCGGAUUACAACACAUACUGGUUAUGUUAAAAUGUUUCCUUAUUUUAACUGUUUCGUAACCUACUCCAAUUCCAAUAAGAUACCAAGUAGAAAACAAAAGAAAUGUGUAUACUACCUUAUAAUACCCAGUUAAAAUAUAUGUAAUGUUAAUUUUGCUAAAACCAAAGGGCGGUUGGCAAUUUCAAAAUUUAAAAUUCUCUUUCUUCCAAUACAAAAAUAUUUUCAUGUGGAACGUUUCGGAACGCAUCAAGAUCUGCAACACCUCCGUCCCUUGGCCGCGCAUCUCGUUCCUCAAGUAUCGCUGUCCUUGUCCCACUCGUGCUCAAGCGUAGCUCUGUCUCGUGCGCACGCGCACAUAAUUGGCGCCGCAGGAAGCGCAGAGAGAUUGAUGAUCUAAGCGCUGGAUCGAACGUUGUUUUUUAUUAUUUUCUCGUUAUUGCAAGUUCCGUUGGUUAUUUUAAUGGCCGUGACUCGGGAGCGGCGGGUUUGUAGGCCAGGCUCUAGAUAUACGGGGAAAUGUUACGCUGGCAUAGCGUUAUGGAACCUGGCCUAAUACUGCGGCCGCAGACCACUAAUGUACUGAUCGUUAACAUAUGUAUGUUAAUGUUACGCUUUUAUGAUUAACGUCUCAUUAUAUCGCAAGUGCUCGGGGAAGGGUUUUUGUUUGGUUCUCUCCUGUUAGAUCCUAUUUAUAAGUUAAUAUAUCCGAUUGGAAGAAUAUCUGUGACGCGUAUUAUCUGCUUGUAGAAAUCUUACAUCGAAUCACUCAUAAUUAUUUCUCAUUAAAAAUGUAAUUAUUUAAAGGGACUCUCGAUCGGAAAUGUUUAAUAAUAACCGCUCGGGCCUCCAAGUCCAAGGUCGCGGCCUGGACCCGGGCUGUCUCAGUUCCCUGAUUAUUACCAAUAUCAUCCCAAUUUACCUUUUGUCGCGGCGCAGACAUUACAAAUUUCGCUAACGGGUUCGUCUGACCUCCGAAACGUAGAGGUCGUACGGACCGGCAUUACAAUUGUAAAUUUCCCUCACGUUCUGUGUGUCUGUUUUAGCGCCCUACAGAUGACCUACAUCUCGUGGAAAAAUGGAAAUUCUCUGAAUGUGUAACGUUGAGAGACUAGGGACGGACGCAGAUGCCUCAUGCUCCCUUACUGUGUUCCUAAUCCCGACAGAUGUAGACUACACUAUUGUUCAAAGAAACUCACUAUUCAUUCUGAAUUUUAAAAAAUUCUAUUGUUAAAUUAUUACUUAUGUUUCAACGGUUUAAAAUCAAACAGGUAUUUGAUAUUUUCAACAACUAAAUUAGCAUUAUCAAACCCGUAAAAUUGAUUGAUGUCCUGGGUAUUUAUAUACAUAGUUGUGUGAAGAAUACAGGCUCUACCUUUCAGGGACCCUGAAAUAUUGUCAGGAAUGUCAUAAGGUCUGAGAUAUUCGGCGUUGGCCCACAUACAUAGGAGUGCUGGAGUGUAGCCAAUCUUUUAGAGUUAUCGCGAGAUAGAUAGUGCUCAUAGAAACAUUCCGACGAUUGAUAUUACCUCAUGAAGCUUUUUAUGUUUCUCACCAUUGUGUUACGAGAAAAUUGACUUAGCAAAGUAUGUAUGUGCUUAAGUUAAAAUAAAUAUUUAUUGCUUUUUCAUACACUUCAAUGAAUAAUUAUGAUCGUUUUCGUACACUAUUGUCGUUUCUUUUAUAUUCUAUCGUAUAGAGUUUUAUUUAGUUUUGAGGGCUUAGUUCACUGCUGUUUAUUUCCAUGACAACAGGUAUUUACAGGUACAGGAUACAGGUUAAACAAACAAACUGAUUAAUUUCCCUGUUCUAUUUAUUUAUAUAGAAUUGAUAUAAAUUAUCGUCAUCUUCCUCACGGUGAGAUACAAGCCAACCGCAAAAGGAAUUAUCAAUUUUAUGUCAUACAUUUCAUUUUACAAAGAAAAUCCUUCAUUUCUCUUUGCUAAUGUUACCCUAAAUCAAAAAAAGUUUAAGACACAGUUUUCGUAGCAAUAAAGACAGAUUUAGCUGGUUCAGUGCGUCCGCUCCGAUAGGCAAGUCUCCAUCGUGCCGCAAGGAAAGCAAAACAUCUGUUAUCAACUGACAGAAACAAAUGAUUACAUAUCGAGUUACAUAAGCGGGGUCGACGACCGAACGAUCGACGAUAGACCCCCGACCUGGGCCAGAUAACACCAGCCAUCUUAGAUUCAACUAGAAAUAAUUGUAUAUAACCGUUAUGUACGAUACAUAAGUAUAUGUGUUGUAUAUAGCGCAGUGAAGAGCCGCGAGGUAUAUAACACUAUGUAUGAAGCUAUUCAGAGUUUCCAAUUAGCGUCGUAUAGGAAUUCAAUCAGUCUCAAUGUUUGGUUAAAGGAAAACUUUCAAACGCACGGUAUUCUAACUGAAAAUACAAGUACACGUGAGUUCUUUUUAGUCCAGAAUAAAAGAGCUAGAAGUUCACAUAACGCAAAAAUUAUGAAUUUAAUUUAAUCUAUAGAUUUAAUAAUUAGAUUAAGGCAACGUGUGUAUAUAAUUUUACAAGUAAGAUAUAUAACUUUCUCCCAUUUCUGUUAGAGAAACUUGAAACUGAAACUAGUUUUUUACUAAACGUAAUGAAAAGCUAAACGUUAAACGUAUUCAAAUUCAUUAAUAAUGCCCUUUGAAGCCUUUGUUCCAGUACGGUACCUAGGUAGAUAGGUACAGCCCAGACAGUUGCGGUCCUAAAGACUCAGUCUAAGAUACGGAGAUCGCACAAAGGAGUAUCAUAACAGGUUCAUUCUACCGUAAUGUAUAGAGAACACUAAGAAUAUUGCCACUUAUAGCAGAAACGAGAAAAUAUAUUACUCAACGAAUAGAUGGAAAUAUUAUCUGUAAUUAAGGAUGAUUUUUGGUACAAAACUCGAAAAUAUACAUAAAAACUGUUAGUCAGGGACACGCUUAGAAGUAUUAAUAUGGAAAUGACUUCGAUAAGCUUCAAAUAUAAAUGUAAAGUGUGAUUAUCACUAAUAAAAUGAGUGAAAGCUAAUGAGAAUGAUCUGACAACAAAACAGUUUGUUUCAUGGGCUCAUUAGAGUAGGAACGCACUUUCCAUAGGUCUUGGCCUAGGUGAAUAAAGAACAGCAAUAGUUCUGAAAGGAAUUGAAGUGUACGACUUUUGAACGCUGCGUCUCCGCGCAAUUUCGAUCCCAUUCACAUCUUUAUAUAAUGCACAAUACGUAUUAUUUUCUAUUUAUUUUUCUAAACAGCGUCACGUGGUACCAACGUUGUUUCAUCACAUUGACUGUCAUGUUUAGUGCAAGAAUGUUUGUAAUAAGUUUAUCAGAGAGUGCGAACUCAAUACUAUCUCGAAAUUUAUUCUGCCAGCGUCGCGUGUUCGGCAUUCUGCUAUUAUUAUAAAUAAUGUUUGCAUAUUAUCAUAUAAUACUAUGUUAAUUUUUUACGCACUAUAAUUGUAUCUGUUAAACGAAAUUAAGUACUUUAUUUCUUGUUGGAAUAGGAACAAGAACAAAAUGUAUGCGUCAAAGGACCAACUUAAAUUGGAUAUCAUAGUUCUCGCUCUCUUAUUGGAAUCUAGUUUAGCGAUAUAACCUUGUUAUUGGGAAGCGAGACAGUGAGGUGUAACUUAGUUACUUGGACCGAGACUGCCUGCACGAAGCUCGGUAAGGAAAUUUAUGAAAUUGUACAUAGAUAUAAGAUAUAGCAAGACUAUUCUAUACAACAACAAAAUAUGUGUAUACUUGAUGCAUUUAAAGUUCACUUUAUAUUAUGUACCGAGAGACAAAUGAACACAAGUAACGCCGCCAGGAAUAGCCAGCACAACAAUGUUCUCAACAACAUUGUCAUUCAGGCGCACCUCUAUAAUUAUGCCAAAAAUAUGCGUCACACUUCCACGUUGGUCGUAACAGCCAACAUUUAUCUGUUUAGGACGAACGUGUGACAUUGGCUCUAAAUUCAUAGUAGGCACUACCCUAUCUAUCGGCCCACUAGUAUAGCCUGCUCCCCGGCGCGGACGGCGGCUUGCACGCCCGCGGCUCUAGCUCUGCUGGUGAUGUCAGUGUGUCACGUGGUCGGCGCGCGCGCAACUUUAUUUGUAAGUCGGUCAAUGCCCCGAGCGUUAGAUAAAAAAACACACAAUUUGUUUACGCGGUGUGUUACGCAAAACUUCGCUGAUUGUCCAAGCGUUCCGGUUCGUGAUAAAUAUUAUAAAUUAUUAUUUAACUCAUGAUCUACGAAAUAACAUUAUUUUAUUAUUGACUCUGUCGCUUAAGUUUACUCGUUUUAUCUGCUCAACGCGCUUUGUGUCAACAAAGCUGAAGUAAUUAAAAAUGUUAUAAAAACAAUGAAAUCAGAACCUGUUUUGGCUGAAACAAAAUUAAUUAGCAAUAUAAUUUUCCUCGUAAAUUCAUUACCUGAACACAAUCAGUCGCAAACGAGACCAGCGUCGAACCAGCAACGCUAAUUAAUCAAGUCGACUAAACAGUGAAAACCUGUUGGGUAACUCGGGAAAUGAAGGAAAGCUCUGCGACGAAAGUGGAAAAGCUUUGGCAACACGCACACAGGCGCACUGCGCACACAGCCGCGCGCAACACACGGGCAGCGCGCGCCAGUGUGCACGAACGCACACAAGCGCGCACAGUACGAAAACGAAAGUGUCCGAGCGGCGCCGAGCGCGCCCGAAGCGAGCUCACGAAGUCAGUGGAACUCAUCGUCGAAACUGGGACAUCAGUCCGUAAUACGACGCGAACGCCGGCGGACGCGGCGCGCGGUUGCAACACAACACAUUACGCUCUAUGACAUAACUGCAAACUGUGGGCUUGUGAUUAUGGUGUUUGGUGAUAAUAAUUAAAUAUGAUGGCUGUGGAAGUUCGUCCGGCUAGUGCCGGCCCGGAGACCCGCCGGUCACCUGCCGCCGAUCGUAGAGCGCUCAGCGCAGAUAACGAACCUCGCACGCUGGCCGCCAGGAAGGCCUACCCUGAGGAGCCACCUUCUCCGAAACCAGAACCAGAGGAAGACGAUGCCCCAUUAGACUUGACAGUUCGUAAAGAGAUUUCUGUAUGCGAGUUCGCGCGACAUUCCUUCGCGGAUCCGUCAGACUAUGUAAGGACCCAGAUGAUCCUGAGGCAGUCACAGGACUACCUGGCGUCCGGCCGGGACUCCGGCACCGAGUCCGACGACUCCGCCGGCCGCCUCAGCCCCGGCGACGACGCCAUCUCCGGAAAGGCUUACAAGAAGUCACUCAUGAAGAGAUACAUGGACGGUGAGCCGGCCGGACUGCCGCUGAGCGCGCGCAGCUCGCUGAGCCGGGCGCUGCUGCUGCUGGCGCCGGGGCCCACCGCCAGGCAUCAUCUCUACACCGCACCCAACACAGGUUCUCUCCCGCCGUCGCCGGCGGAUAGCGGUGUGUCGGACGUGGAGUCGUCCUCGUCGGGCGCCGGCUCGGCCGAGGAGCUGAAGGCACGCCUGCAGCCGCCGCCGCCCGCGCCUUUCCACGCGCCCUUCCUGCCCUUCUACCAGCACCACCAGAUCGCCAACACGCUGCAGCACCAUGCUACUGCGCAUCCCAGACCACCAGUGGGCGGCGUGGGCGAGCGCGACGCGUACGGCUACGGGUACGGCGGGGGAGGCGGCGGCGCGCACCACUUCGCCGCUCCGGCGCCGCCGCCGCUCCCGCACGACGAGCUGCCCUACUCGGUGUUCGACUUCGGCGACUACCAGCGGCACCACCACCACAACAAGCUGAAGCCCAAGAAGAGGCCGCGCACGGACGCGCCGCCCACGCCCGGCGUCAAGCGCAAGAGCCGCGAGGGAUCCACCACUUACCUGUGGGAGUUCCUGCUCAAGUUGCUGCAGGACCGCGAGUACUGCCCGCGCUUCAUCAAGUGGACCAACCGCGAGAAGGGCGUCUUCAAGCUGGUCGACUCUAAGGCCGUGUCGCGGCUGUGGGGGCUGCACAAGAACAAGCCCGACAUGAACUACGAGACCAUGGGCCGCGCGCUGCGCUACUACUACCAGCGCGGCAUCCUCGCCAAGGUGGACGGCCAGCGGCUCGUCUACCAGUUCGUCGACGUGCCCAAGGACAUCGUCGAGAUCGACUGCUCGCUGGCGUAAGCCGCUGGAAUCUCGUAGCGCGGUGGCGCGGCGUGGUGAUGCGUGGUGAUGCGUGCUGGUGCGUGGUGUGGUGACGUGACGCGGACACUGUCUCUCAGCGUGGACACGGUGCACGAUGAUGAGGACGCGUAUCAUUUCGCUCGUACAUUACUAGUUUUUUCACUAAUAGUUACAAUUCGUCUAUUUUUCAAAUCAUCAUGCAUUACGUUUUUCAGAUCGCUUCUAUAUAAUGUUAUUAAUAUAAAUAUUAUUCUCAAAUCGAACUAAUAUUAACUUAUCAUUGAAUUUAAUAUUUAUACAAAAAUAGGAGAGACGAAAUUGAUUGCUCAAAUGUUUAUAUAGGUACCUAUUUUUAGGGUAUUUCAGAAGAGGAACACUAAAUUUGCUAGAGUUAUAUGAUACGGAGAUGGAGGGAUUUUUGUAUAAUGUUGAAACGAAUUUUUAAAUGUUUGUAAAUGGAGUUUCUAUAUAAUGCAUGUUUAAUGUCGAUUAUACAUUUCCUCGGUCGACUAUGAAAUCAGAACUUCCUACCUCAAAACUACGCAAAAGUAACAAAUGAUUCAUAUAAAUAUACAAUUUACAUUGUUCGAUACAGUUUACAAUACGCAAUAAGUAUAUAUAUAGACUAAAUAAGAGUUUAUUAUAAAGAAAUAUUUACGUAAAAUGUUUAUAUAAAUACAAAAAUAUCUUAUAGUAAAUAUCCUCAGAUUAAAUAAUUAUAUUCACAUCUUUGGUGCUUUUGAUGGCCAUCUCAUAUUUACACCUUGUUACAAAUGGAGCAACCUCACUGCUGUUAAUUAUAUAUAACUAUGUAUAUUAUAUGAACAUUUAGUGAAUGUCUAUUACCUAGCUGUAAUCUGUUU